AUGGGUCUCAAGCAUAACAACGUCCUCCACCAGAACCACUUCCGCAAGGACUGGCAAACCCGUGUCCGCACCUGGUUCGACCAGCCCGGCCGCAAGCUCCGUCGCCGGCAAGCUCGCAAAAUCAAGGCUGCUGCCCUUGGUGUCCGACCGCUGUCCCUUCUCCGACCCGCCGUUCGCGCCCAGACCGUCCGAUACAACAGGAAGGUCCGUGAAGGCCGAGGUUUCACCCUUGCUGAGAUCAAGGAGGCGGGUAUCAGCAAGAAGGAGGCCCGGGGUGUUGGCAUUGUCGUCGACCACCGGAGGAGAAACCUGAGCGAGGAGGGCAAGGCGCUCAACGUGGAGCGUUUGAAGGUGUAUAAGGCGCGGCUGAUUGUCUUCCCUCGCAAGGCGAAGAAGCCCAAGAAGGGCGAUUCCACUGGCGAGGAGCUCUCCGCACCCACCACUCGCGGGCAUCUUCCGCUUCCCGACCCAUUCGUGCUGGAGGCACCUCGGAAGAUCACCGAGGAGGAGCGCGAAUUCCAGGCAUAUCGCACUCUCCGCAACGAGCGCGCCUUUGCCCGCUACGAGGGCAGGCGCAAGGUGCGGGAAGCGAAGAAGGCCGAGGAGGAGGCGAACAAGAAGAAGUGA